CCGCAGAAGAGACGAGGUAUGUGUCCCACCACAGUGCAGAUCCACUUCCGCACGUGAAUCGACUCUGCUGGACCUCUCCUAAGGUUACUUGCACAUUGCUCAUUCCACCAUGUUUUAUAUAUAUGUAUUAACAACAAAAACAGCUUUUUUUUUAAUUUUUUAGGUUACCUAAACUCAAACUUAAUUAUUGCGGGGUUUGGCCUUCAGUAGGCUGGUGGCAUGCCCAUAUGAGUGUCUGGCUGCACGAUAUCAACCCCCCCAUCGCCACCUGUUUAAACCAGAAUUUGGCACAGUUAAGAAUUCUCUUCAAUUUCCACAAAUAUUUAAUAAUUCUUUGUAAUCAAGUCGGUAGUCCCCUGUAGAUCGCAUUCUUUAAUAUUUUUUUUUUUAUGAAAGAAUCUUGUGCUGCAGCCUCCCAAUUCGUUUUCUUCGGUCAAGUGAAAUCUACUCUCCCCGUGUUCGAUCACUGUUGGAAGAAUGAUUGGUGAUCCCAACAUGCAGGUGUGCUUCUUUGGAGGGUUUUGAGACAGUAUUCCUCAUUCUGCGCUGCCUUUUCUUGUAGCAAUUUCGGUAUGCGAGAAAGUUCUUAGUGGGAGUAGACUUAGGCUAGUGAGGAGGAAUUGGUGUUUCUUAUCUGGGAUUUCUUGGGGCCUCAUCAGGCGUUGCGGUGCUAAUUUUGAUAUGUUCCCAGAAGUAGGCAAAACCCAGAUCCCAGAUUUAGCUGCGAGUGCUCUGGGUUCCAUUUUGCAUUGAUUUGUGGUUUUCUAUAAUUUGAGAGCCUUGAUGGUGUUUGGUUUGAUAGAAAUUUUGUGGGUUUUCCUUAUCUUGGAGAAUCUAGGAAAGAAAAACUUUUGGGAACACGAAGAGAAUAUAAUCCUUUGAGUUCUCAGACAUGGGUGGCAACUCUAAGACCAUUGUUUGGUUUAGGAGGGAUCUCAGGAUUGAGGAUAAUCCAGCCUUGGCUGCUGCUGCUAGGGAUGGGUCUGUACUCCCUGUCUUCAUAUGGUGCCCAAAAGAAGAAGGGCAGUUCUACCCAGGUCGAGUUUCAAGGUGGUGGUUGAAGGAGUCUAUUGCCCACUUGGAGCAGUCCUUGAGAUCCCUCGGAGCUGUGCUUGUGCUGAGAAAAGCCCAGAGUACCCUUGAUGCUCUUUUGGACUGUGUUAAUGCCACUGGUGCAACAAAAGUAGUAUUUAACCAUCUUUAUGAUCCUGUGUCCCUUGUUCGUGAUUACACCAUAAAGCAAAAGCUGGCAGAGCUUGGCAUUUCAGUGCAAAGCUAUAAUGGAGAUUUGUUGUAUGAACCAUGGGAAGUAUAUGAUGAGAAAGGACAUGCUUUUACAACCUUUGAUGCAUAUUGGGACAAGUGCCUGUGCAUGCAGAAGGAGUCUGUUUUACUUCUUCCUCCAUGGCGAUUGGUGCCAGCUGCAGGAAUAAUUGAAGAAGGAUCUGUUGAUGAAUUCGGUCUUGAAGAUGAAUCAGAAAAAUCUAGCAAUGCCUUGCUAGGAAGAGGAUGGUCGCCUGGGUGGAGCAAUGCUGAUAAGGCUCUGACUGAAUUUGUUGAACAGCAUCUGGUUGACUAUUCAAAGAAUAGGGUAAAAGUGGAAGGGAACUCCACAUCGCUGUUGUCUCCAUAUCUUCAUUUUGGAGAGUUGAGUGUAAGGAAGGUUUUCCGAAGUGUCCAAAUGAAGCAAAUACUGUGGGCAAAUGAAAAGAAUACUGUAGGGGAGGAUAGUGUGAAUCUUUUUCUUCGUGCCAUUGGGUUUAGGGAAUAUUCGCGUUACCUUUGUUUUAACUUCCCAUUCACUCAUGAAAGAUCAUUGCUGAGCAACUUGAAAUAUUUUCCUUGGCAUGCUGACCAAGCUCAUUUUAAGGCUUGGAGACAGGGUCGGACUGGUUAUCCGUUGGUUGAUGCUGGAAUGAGAGAGCUUUGGGCAACAGGGUGGAUUCACAAUAGAAUAAGAGUAAUUGUUGCGAGCUUCUCUGUUAAGUUUCUACUACUUCCAUGGAAAUGGGGGAUGAAGUACUUCUGGGACACGCUUUUGGAUGCAGAUCUGGAAGCCGAUAUCCUUGGUUGGCAGUACGUCUCUGGGAGCUUACCAGAUGGGCAUGAACUUGAUCGUUUAGACAGCCCACAGGUUCAAGGCUCCAAGUUUGAUCCGGAAGGUGAGUAUGUGAGGCAUUGGCUGCCUGAGCUAGCUAGAAUGCCAACUGAAUGGAUCCAUCAUCCUUGGGAUGCACCCCAAAUUGUGCUUAAAGCUGCAGGAGUUGAGUUGGGAUUAAACUAUCCAGAGCCUAUCAUCGGGAUAGAUAAGGCUGGAGAACGUUUAACUAAAGCUAUAUUCAUGAUGUGGGAAAGGGAUGCAGCUGCUAUGGCUACGAACUUGAAUGGGGAAAAAGAAGUUGUUGUCGAUAACUCAGAAAUUGCAAAUUUAACCAUUCCAGUGGUCGUCUUAAAGGAAAGUGCUUCCUGUCCUGCCACUUCCUCUCAUGAUCAGAGGGUUCCCUCAAUUCAAAAUGGUAAGAAUGGGUUAGUGAAUAGGAAGAGACCGCUGCAUAUUGAAGAUGAAAUUCCAAUUCAAAAUAAUUUGCAUAAUGUCAAUGAUGGGGCUGGAACCUCAAAAACAGAUGAGGACUUGUGCUCUACAGCUGAUUCUUCUUCAGCUAAGAAACAAACCGCUAGCAGAAAUUCAUUCUCUGUUCCAGAGGCGUGUUCCUUAUUGUUGAGAGAACAGUCCAUGCAGGAGUAUGAAUCUUCUGAUGAGAAAGAGUCAUCGCUAGAGCAGAUUGGCAUGGAAAAGGGAAUAGAAGAGAUGGUGAGUGACACCCCAUUCUCUCGUAAAUAGUAAUUAAAUAUUUUAAUUGUUGUUUGAUACAAAAAUUGAUCUUGUAUGCGCCCUCAUUGGAUCCAUCUAUUUUCUUUCAGUUCUCUUCUCUGCCGGUUCUAACCAAUUAAUCAAUGAACUUUAUUUCUGAUCCUCAAUGUGGGGUUAAAACAGAUAUAAUUGAUUAUAGUUAAAGGGGUUUCAAUGUACGUACAUGUGAAGCUUGUGUGAGUUUCAACUCAGUGGUCUCAGGUUCUAAUCUUGGUGGGAGUGGGAUGGGAGUAUGGGAUGAGUGAGAAGCUACUUUCCAUUUUGUAGCCAGGCCCAGUGUGGGCCUCCAAUGGAUCCAUCGGAGAAAAUAAGAAAAAGAGUACAUCUCAGAUUUUUCUGGAGAUUAUGCCUUGAUUUUUUAUUUGGAAGAAAAAAAUUAAAAACUAUUUCUGUUAAGUUCUAUAAAAUGUAGUUUUCUUUGGUUGAAGCAUAGGAUUUGUUCUGUUGUAUUCCGUCGUCUGUCUGCAAAGGUGGUCUUCAUAGCCUCCUACACUGAUAGCCUAUCUGAUUUCAUAUCUCAUUUUCCAUGUAAACCGGUCAUUGAUCUCUGAUCUUCUGUUUUCUUCUCUAAUUUUCUUCUUCAAAACUCUAAUGUGACUAUUGUUCAGGUAAUUUUUUCUGGAAUGAGGGUGCUCAUACUGUCAGACGAGGAAUGUAUCCUUGUGGUACUGAUGCCAAUGGGUUUCGGGCUUUGGCGCUAUAUAUAAUUAUAUAUUGCACCAUUGGCAAGCUGAGGAUGAAUGAGAUCAUUAAAAUUUUAUUAUUAUCAUUUUUUUUAGCUGGGAAGUCCAGUGAUGGUGGGAUGGGAUGUGUUUGGGUUUUUAACAGGUUGGUUUUUAAAUUUUGCAGAAGCCAUGAGAAGCUGAUUCCCAAUAACUGCAGUGUCCAUGGUGGAAGAGAAUCAAGUCCAGUACUCAGGAAGCUGGGAGUUUGAUGCAAUACCCUUCGGCCAAGAUCGAUCAGGAAGGUUUGGAAAAAAGGCCCUGGCCUAAAUUUUGUGUAAUUAUUAUGUACACAUAAAUGCAUGUAUUCAUGUGUGAACAUCGCUUCAUCCCUUGUAUAAUAAAUAUUUCCCUCACAAUUAGUUUUUUGUUUAUAUAAUAUGUAUUUACUUAACGUACGCAA